UCACGUACUCUAAGGAAGUGGCUCUUCCUAAUGCGCAGUGAGCUCGUAUACUGUUAUUCCAGAGUGGGAAGAUCUGAUCAGAAAUGACCGUGGAACUGAGCGGAGAGCAGCUGGAGAUGGCUGAGACCCGGCUGAGAAGAGCUUUACCUCGGUCACACCAGGUUUAUGGUUGUCUGGUCCUCAGAAACAGAGUCAGGUCAGACCCUGUGAGGGUUUUAGUGGACAGAUGGCCAGAGUUUAAUGUCAUUAUCUGCAAACCACAAUAUGAACAGGAGGGUGACCUCUUCAAAGAAAUAAUGGUUUUUGCCAGUGAUGAAGCUAUUCUCAAGGAGACCAUAAUGAAGUCCUCUGUUAUUGACUGGACCCAGUCCUUUUGUAUUGAAAUCAACCGUCACCACAUGGAGACAUUCAAAGCAGUCGCAUCAGAAAAAGACGUAUCCAGCAGAAAAGUGGCAGUGUGUCACAUGAUGAGACUGGAGGAUGUAUCCAACCUUCCCUCUAUAGACAGCUCAGGGAUCUCUCUAAGCUCUCUGGAUGAAUCACACGUUGGCUUUGUCAAUCAGACAUGGAAGUUUGGAGACAAUGCAGCUGUCAGGAUGAUCCGGAACAUGCUCGCAAACUUCCCCUCCUGCUGCGUGCUGGACGCAGAAGGAAAGCCUGUGUCCUGGAUCCUGACCUAUGCGUCGUGUGCGAUGGGCAUGUUGCACACUUUACCAGAGCACAGAGGGAAAGGCUACGCUAAAGUCCUGGUCAGCACCAUGGCCAAGAGAUUCUUCACUGAGGGCUACCCAGUGUACUGCUUUGUAGAGGAGGAUAACAAGGUCCCCUACAAGUUCUUUAAAAACCUGGGCUUCAUUGAGGAUCCCUCAUACAGGGAGACAUGGUUUAGGUUCAACUGUUGAAUUUGCAACCUCUGUGAUUGAAUAUAUAGCAGAUAUACUAUCAGAUAAACAUAACCUGCAACAUUUCCUAGUGAAUGAAAAUGGCAUUGAAAUGUAAUGUUUACAAAUUUUAUAUGCAGAUUGGCAAAAUGAAUCAAAAGGUAUCUUUUUACAAAUUGCAAGUACUUGGUUAUCAAAUGUGUUAAAACAAAUGAAAUACCAGAAUUUAUUUUAAUCACAAGUCAUUUGUAAUUUGAAAAUAACAAAACACAUCAUAAUGUAUAUUAUGACCACAUUUUAGGCAUUUAAAAGCCUCAAUAAGGUCCAACCUUAAAGCUGGGAUAGACAGUUUUCUGGAAAAGGCAACAAAAAUAAUUUGGAAAAUACAACCCUACAGUUACCCUUCAGG